CAAAUGAAAAUCUUACCGUUGUUGAAGGAGAAUGUUGAAGCAACACAGUUACAUGACAGCCCUACUACAAAAAACAGCAUGCAGUUGAAUGUUGCACACCAAAAAAACCUACAAAAAAGUCACACUAAUGAGGCCUCCAAGAACAUGAACACUCUUACACCGAAGGAAUCAAUGACUGAUGACGAUCUCUAAGGUGAAAGUAAUACAAAGAACACUCAAAUAAGUUCAGGAAUAACUUCAUCAAGUGAGAUUUCUUUUUCUCUUUUGAAAUUUUCUGAUAUGAAUUUUUAUAUAGAAACCACCAGCUUUGAAGAUAGUUUAAGUAGUUUUCCAUCACCUGAAGUAUUCAAGGGAGAAGAGUUUUUAGAUAUUAAUAAUUCCACUACUGAAGACUAUCUCAAAUUCAAGACUUCUGCUUUUCUGGAUACCAGCAGAGUAGCGGCUAUAGAGAACAUGCAGCAAUUUUCAAAUCUUUCAGCAAUUUUAGAUAAUUCCACUUGUAAAAUUUUGCCUGAAACAGAAAAAACUCCAGAUGUCAAGACCAACAAAACAAAUUCCUCUCUCUCCCUUGGUAAGAAAAAUAGAGGAUUUCUGACAAGCUCUCCAUCAUCAGAGACAGGCAAGUUUGAGAUUAAUUUGUCCCCAGUACAAAAAUUAUCUUCAGAAGGGGAAUUAAAUCCAAAUACAAGUAAUUAUAUAUAUUCAGAUGAAAUUGUUGCUGCGUCAAGUUCAGAAGAAGAAAAAGAUUCUUGGGAGGCUCAAUGCACUGCAUCUGAAAUAUGCUGCAUUAUUAAAUCAUCACCAAGAAAUAGAUGCACAGAGAUGUUUCAUUGCUAUCCUAAAGGAGCGUCUAAAGGUGUGAUAAAUGAGCCAGUGGACAAGGAGAGAUUAAAAACUAGGGGGAGAAUGAACACUAUUGAAAACAUAAACACGCAGUGGAGAGAGGAGCAAACAAACUCCUCUUUCACCAUUGGUGAGAAAAAUAUGGGAUCACUGGGAAGCUUUCCAUCAACAGAGACAGGCAAGUUUGAGGCUCCAUGUCUCAUAUCAGAAAUGUGCUGUGUUGUCAGAACAUCACCACAAAUUAGAUACACAGAGAUGUCAUGUAGCCCACCUAAAGAAUGUGUAAAGAUAUGGUCAAGAAGCAAGUGGAUAAAGAAAAAUUAAAAACUAAGGGGAGCGUGGAUACAAUUGAAGGGACAAGCAACCAAUGGAGAGAAGAGGUGAUGGAAUCAAGGGCUCAAGUAGAGAGAGCUGUCACUGCCAAGGUUUCACGUACUACAUCUGAAGUAUGCUGUAUUGUUAAAACAUCACCAAGAAUGAAACACAUGAAGAUGCCACGUUGCCCUCCCAAAAGAGUGCCUAAAGAUAUCAUAAUGACAGGUGAGUAUGAUGACAGCUUAUCAUUGCCAUUCAAGAUUAGCAUAUGAAGAGAAGCCUGAAUUUA